UUGCCCACGCCCUAGUCCUCUCCGGUCCUUCACAACACACGGUGCAUAACCCGGAGGUGAGAUACCACCCACCGUCGAUAUCAACCCCAAUCAUCCCCCAAACAUUCAACCCCCAGGAGAAAAAAAAAAAGUUAAAAAAAAUUUUUUUUCAAUUGAAAAAAUCGACAAAUUACUCCAGAUGAAGAAUAAAGUGCGGAUGAGGGGGUGAAACCGUUAGGGGUGGACUCUGUAAUAUAUAUAUGUAUAUUUCUCUCACUCGUACGGAGUGGGAAAAUUUUCCGGUGAAAAACAAACCCCCCCGAGUGUCGCCAAACAUUACCCAGCGUGGCAGCAGUGUCGUGAGGGGUAGGGGAUUGAGGGUAGAAAAAAAAAAUAUAUAUAAUCGUGAAAUUUGAGACAGUUUGCGCAUAUUCCUCUCCCCCCUCUAUGAAACUAGUAACCGCACCCUCGUGAUAAGUGUUAGGGGUUAUCUAGUCGGUGGUAGGAUGGGUGGGGGUUAUUUUUCCCAGUUUUUGGGGUACAUCGGGGUGGAAGAUGAGCGCCAGGCGUUCGUCAGGCAGGACGUAUUUUUAUAAUCAUUGAAUAAUAACGAAAUUUUUAUUUAUUCGGAAAAAAAUAAAUAUCACCGAACAAUUUGUGGACAAUUAUCCGGUGCAAUGUGAUCCGAGUGGGGAUGAUAAAUCAGUGGAUUGUUUUUCUUUUUAUUUUUUUCUGUGAGUUUUAUUUUUUAUGAUGAUGUACGGGAUCAGCCCUCACCCUGGACUCUUUCGGAACGAGAGACCAUCACUUUAACGAGAGAUGUAGAGAGCACAAGCUGCUGGUUUAACGUCCUAGCCCUGUCGUUGUCCCAUCAACGCAACAUGCAUUACGGUGCACCUGGUGCAACCACAUCAAGAGGAACCGCAUGCCCAGCGAUUCUACCACUUCGCCGUCAGUCUCUGACCCUGCCAUGUCCAAUAACAGGAUUGCACCGCUGCUGAAUUCAAUGAUAUCAAACAACACUACAAACACCGUGGGAUGUAGUUGACGUUGCUGAUCACGGUUCGAGUGCAGUUGCAGGGAUCUAGAGGAGGUGGCGGUGGGAAUAGGUUCAGGAUAGGGCUGAGCAAGUCAAAAAAGAAAAAAAAAAACAAAGUGCCAGGAGAAAUAAGAGAGAACAGAGUAAACUAAAUAAACAAAGAAAAAAUAAAUAAAUAAAACAAAGGAGAAAUAAAUCAUCAGAUUUGAGGUGUCGUUGAAGUGCCAGAACAACCAACAGCCACGAGAAUACAAAGAUAAUCACAAAUCAGCGAUUAACAGUGAAAUAAUCCGAUAAUAAUUGAACAGAUUGAGCUGUUGAUUGAUACCAGAUUGAGGUGUUAUUGUUGGGGGAGGGGCUGUUUUUUGUUGAUUAAACGUCAUUUCAAACGAAAUGAACGUAACUGAGGUGCCACCAAGUCUGGAUAACUGCAACGACAAUAGCACGCUAGCAACUGAAUACGAUGUGUGGCAGCAAGUACUAAUAAGUGUACUUGCUAUUGGUCUGAGUCUUGCAACAGUUAUCGGUAAUUCAAUGGUUAUGAUUGCUAUUAGAAUUGAUAAGCAACUCCAGACAAUAUCAAAUAAUUUUUUAUUCAGUCUUGCUGUUGCUGAUUUUGCCAUUGGUCUUAUAUCAAUGCCACUUUUUACUGUUUACACGGUAUUUGGUUAUUGGCCAUUUGGUUCAAUAGUAUGUGAUACGUGGCUGGCACUUGAUUAUCUCGCUAGUAAUGCAUCUGUACUUAAUCUGUUGAUCAUAAGUUUCGAUAGAUUUUUUUCGGUAACGAGACCGUUGACGUACAGAGCCAAGAGGACACCCAAAAAAGCUGCCAUCAUGAUCGCUGGUGCUUGGGGAAUAUCAAUUCUUCUCUGGCCUCCUUGGAUAUACGCUUGGCCGUACAUCGAGGGCAAACGAACAGUGCCAAAAGACGAAUGCUACAUUCAAUUUAUCGAGACAAAUCACUACAUAACUUUUGGUACAGCUAUAGCAGCAUUUUACGUUCCUGCAAGUGUCAUGAUGCUGCUUUACUGGCGAAUAUGGAGGGAAACGGAAAAACGAAUAAAAGACUUGAAGGAGUUGCAGGAGGGUAAACAGGAUGCGAGUAAACGAAGUAAUUCCAGUGAUGAAGCACUCGAUAUGGAGGUGUGCAGGAGAGGUAGAAGUGCAUCGAGCGUUGGACACGAUGACGUUAAUUCAUCGAAUUUCGCUAGUUCGUAUUUGGAGAGAAGAUAUCCUGAUGCUAAGAAUAGACCGAUGUCGUGGUCAUCCCUGAAAAUGUGGUGCAUCGCGUGGUGGCACAGCGGACGAGAGGACGAUGACGAUGAGGACGACAUAACAGCAACUGAUGUACCGAGUAAAACAAUGUACCCAGGGGAUGAGACUCUAACGCCCGUAUCAGCUGAGACACCAUUCAACAGCACUAUUUCACGUCCCUCAUUAACUUGUAUACCCUCGAGUGAGAGCAGUCAAGUCAGGAAGAAUAUGUCUGCUGAUCCGGUAUACACGAUUGUGAUAAAGCUUCCACCCUCAUCAGCACCCAGCAUAACGAUGUACGAGGACCUGAUAUCCCUCCACGAUCAUCACAGAUCCCUGGAGAGCCAGAGUGUAAUCGAGAAUGACGAUAGACGUCAACCGCGUCGUAUCGAUUCCGUCACAGCAAUUCACGAUGUUCGUCUACCACUCACGAUAAAAUCAGUACCUAAGAGUGUCACGUGCACGAAUGUCAAACCACCACCUAAGAAGAAAAAACGCACGCAGGACAAAAAAGCCGCCAAGAUAUUGUCCGCCAUUUUGGCGGCAUUCGUUUUAACUUGGACACCGUACAACAUACUUGUCCUGCUCAAACCAUUAACGAGGGCCUGCAUCAUCCAGAUACCACCUGAACUCUGGUCUUUUUUCUACUAUUUGUGCUAUAUCAAUAGUACCAUUAAUCCUCUGUGUUAUGCACUGUGCAAUGCCAACUUCAGGAAAACGUACUGGAGAAUUCUACAGUGCAAAUGGCGGAGAAAUGCCUCCAGGGCUUAUUGUCCACCGUGAAGAAUUUCAGAACAGUUCAAAGAAAAUACUUAUGAUGAAAAUUGGGGCGCGGAAGGUUCUGCUAAAUACGGACAUGGACUGAGAGCAGACAGGACAGGAACAGGAACAGACAAGGACAGUCAGGAACAGACAGGAACAAAGAGGAGUAGACAGGGACAGACAGGAACAAAGAGGAAUAGACAGGAACAGACAGGAACAGACGGAAACAGACAGGAACGGACAGACAGGUAUAAUAUGUCCUUGCUACAAAAAAAGAAAUGCAGUUAAAAAAAAGGGCUCUGAUAGUGUUCCAAUGAUAAUUUUUCGGAGACAGACACUGACAGACAGACAGACAGAUAGUGAUAACAGACAGAAAUAAUUUCUGAUGUCUGUGUCUGUGUCUGAGAAUUGCCGCAGAAACUUUCAGACCCCGAUAAUGAUUAUAACAAUGUCGAGGUUUUAUUAAUGUAAUUAACGGCAAUUGUAGUUCGAAAGGUUGUGCGAUUUAAUAAUUAAUUGAGUAAUCAUUAUCAGUCUUUUUUGACAUGUGCAAGACGACAGAGUUCAUUUUUAAAAAAAUACUAGAGACUGGGUGACGGUUUGUUUUUACCUUUGAAAAAUACUGAGGAUAUAGUUUUUCUUUAAUUUUAUUUUGGUAGAUCCUCGGGAGAUUAAUUGUGGGGUAAUGAAACACGGAGGGAAUGAUACACUGGCAUAAACACACAUUCACGCACAAACUAAAUGAAUUAAUUAAAAUGAAAAAAAUUAAUUGUAAUAUUGAAAAAUAAUAGGCACCAAAUAAAUUGGUUUGCCCCCCAUCGAUAGUUUAUACCUGUCUUGCGGUUAUCUCGACGUAUUAACGAGGGAUAGGGGGAUAAAAAUAAAACCAAAAAAAAUGUGACGCAACUUUUUUUAACCGUAGGGUAUAUAAAUAUACAUUAUAUAUAUACAGACAUAUAUAUAUUGUAAAACACCGAAGUGUGUGUGUCAGUCUAUGUUUAUAUACGUGUUUUAUAUUAAUGAAAAUGAUGAUAAAAUUAAUGAAUAUUAAAUAACGGAGAUUUUAGGGGUGGAUAAAUUUUGGAAAAAUUGUAGGGGGAAGGGGAAGGGGUCAUUGGUAAUUUGUCGAGUGAGAUUUUAGGGGUGGUGUUGAUUGUUGUUUAUUUAUUUAAACAAUAGACAUUAUUGAGAUUAAUUGGAAUAUCUUGGGACGUUUAAUUCUCAGUUAUUUUUCUGGGGAAAUUUCCCUGGGGAUUCAACGGAAUUAUCCAGAUAAUCACACUUUAAAAUCUAACGAAUGUUUAUUGUUUGAUUUAAUGAAUUAACGGUAAUUAACGAUUGGUACACCCACGCACACUUACAUACACACAUAUACAGAUGAAAUGAUGAAACAUAAAAAUUAAGGGGUGAUGUUGGGGAGAAAGAAGUUUGAAGUGUACAGAAAAUUUGACAUUUCCUUGAAGCAAUUGUUUUUUUAUAAAUUAAAUAAUUAACACUUCAAUUAUUAUUUAUUUAGAGUUAAUACACUUGUUGAUAUUUCUCAUUUUUGUAGAUAAAACUCACAUCGAAGGAUUUCCUUUUGUAUUCUACAAUUUUUCUACGUUAAUUUUUUAUUUAAACAAUUCGCAAAUGUAUAUUUUAGUUUUGAGCGAUUAUAUCUCGGUUUAUUGCACAUUCCGCAGUGCCAAUUGAAUUAAUUUACCGUGUCGACCGAUAACUCAAGGAGCCAGGAUUAAAUAAAUCAUUGAGGCAACAAUAUGGAAUGGACAAUUAAUAAAAACAUUGAUAAAAGCCCGUGAGGAAUAAAAAAUACGAGCUUGCGAUGAAAAAAAUGUGUGACAAAUCACACAAACGGAUGCGACUCGAUUAUUCGUGUUGAUGAUUUUUAGAUUAAAAUGAAAAAUUGAUAAAAAAAAUUUGUGAAGAUACAAAACAAUGAGUCAGGGCACUGGUUUUUUUACUCUAUUGUAAUUAACAAAUGACGAUAAUAAAAGCUAUUUGACGAGUCAAAUAAAA